AUGGCCCCCACGCUUCGCACCCCUCCUCGUCAGCGCCCCUCCAGACAAUCUCGACCUGUCCGAUCUAGUCGAACUCAAGUACAGUCCUACCACGAAGACAGCAGUUCCGACGAUCGGCUCGAUGAGGAUACCGAAUCGGAUCGUGAACGCGCUGAACGGUUGUCGCUUUCUCUGCGCCCCCGAGACUCUAACCGUAUGCCGGCCUCCUAUCGCGAGGAAACCACCGACGAUGAGCUUGACGACUUCAGCGACGAAGGCACGGAUACCAUGACUCGCAGUGAAGCACCCGCACACGCACCUCUCACUCUCGCGGAGGGAAGCAACCACGCCAGACCAUCUAAGCCUACCCGCACACGAACCGUAAGAACAAGAUCACAAACAACGAAGGCAAAGCGGCCUGUCAAGAAGAGGCGGAUGGAAGUUGGACGUCCGCUUAACAAGCGUCGAAAGCUCGAAGUGGAUGCUGCUCCAUAUGUUGGUUCGGGCGUUAUACCGCCGUGGCAGACGCUUCCCUAUCACAUACUCCUCGAUAUAUUUGUUCGUGCAUCAUACCCUCUGAUUGACGAAAGGACUACCAGCAGAAAGAGCUCCGUGCAGUGGCUUGUCAAAGUCGCUUUACUAUGCCGUUCUUUCCAUGAGCCUGCCUUGGCCGCUCUCUACCAUUGCCCUCCAUUAAUACCGGCCGCUAAGUCUCACGGUUUGCUACACUUGCUAGCCAAACCUCAAGAUCAACUUUCUACAAACUAUAUCAAUAAAAUCAAACAGCUGCAUGUUGAUGUGGAAGCCCUUCUGUUCUACAAGAGCGGGUCGACCCUGGGUUAUUUUGAGCUGCCCAAGUUGCUGGAGAAGACUCCUCAAGUCAAAACACUACGACUCUACCAUAGUCAUGAUUACGUUGUCGGCCUUCCCCCGUGGCUUAUUCAGCGCUCAAAAUGGACUUACCCGGACAGUCUUUUCCAUGCGAUUUCGUCAAGCCCUAUCCGCCUUCGUAGCUGGGACUGGAACAGCCGUUUCAUGGAGACUCAAAAGCUUCUCGAACUGAUGUCACAGAUGCACAUUCAACCCGCAUUCCAUAUGAUGCAGGAUCUGAGAAUUCUACACGUUAUGUGUGAUGAUCCAUACAACAAACAAUUGCCAGAGAGUUCCACCGAAAAAGAGAUACUUUUGGCCGCAGCCCUUGCUGACCUUCCCAAUUUACGGCGCUUAGAGUUUAUAGAAUGCUCAAUUGUGAAUGAUCACCUUUUGCCCAAUCUUCCGACAACCCUCACCUCUCUCACAAUAAACAACUGUGAUGAGAUUACGACCACUAACUUUAGUUCAUUUCUUUCGACGCAUGGCCGCCAUCUUCGAGAGUUGAAUCUAAGCCAUAACCGUCAUUUGAGUAUGUCUUUCAUUGUCAACUUGGCCGUAUCAUGUGAGCAACUGGAAGUCUUCAAGAUGGAUAUAUCCAUGCAUGAUUGGUCCAGUUACCACGACGUUGAGCCUCAUUUUCGGGAACUACUUUCACAGUCUGAGGUCCCGACCUGGCCAUCAACACUUCGGGAGAUCGAGCUCCUCCAGUUGCGAAAUUGGGAUGACAGAACAGCAGAAGUCUUUUUCAGCUCACUUCUCAAUGCCGCUCCUAGCUUAGAGAAUUUGAGGCGCUUGGUGAUAAGCGCAAUUCUGAAAAUAGGGUGGCGAGAUCGAGCAACUUUUCGCGAGAAAUGGAAGGGCAAGCUGCAAAGAGUUUUCCAGCGACGAAGUCCUCCGCCCAAUCCUGACCUUCGUUCUAUUCCUCGCACUUCGCUACUGCUCAAUGCCUCCGAAUCUGCAGUAGCCAGGAUCAAUGAAGGCGCCAGCAAUCAUUCCGAUACUCAACACAGCGGCACUAUGACACCGAACAAACGGAAAAGUGCGCGCAUUGCUCAAAAAAGAUACUCUGACGAUGAAGCUAUUGUCACAGGGAAGAGGCGAAGAUCUUUUGAAGACGACGAUGAACCACUCGCCACUCAAGGCUUGUGUGAUGUCGUCAUGAUUCGAAUAGACAAUCAACGUCCGACAGAGACUCAGUUCAACGAAGAAGACUUCCUCGACGACGAAUUAAGCGGAGACGAAGAUUGGAACGGCAACGACCUCGACGUUGACGAUGGCAGACAUGCAUGGUAG